UGCAGUUCACCGUAACACAAGAGCAGCAUUACGCACGGCGACAUUGGAGGAGUGAGCAUAUUCGCGGAUCAUUGGAUUGUAAUCUCUAGUUUUUCUGACAUUUGAAAUACAUUUGGAACUUGCUGUGCGCGUCGGGACUAUCUGAAUCUGUGAUUGAGGAUUUGUUUAUUGUGGAAGAACAUAUUUGUACUAUGUCUGUCGUUUGCUUCUCUCUGCACUGACCAGGAGCAUUACGCGCAACGCGUAAUCUCCAUACGUUGGUGGGUAGCAGCUCUGUGCAACCGGUCUUGGCUCUUUUGGAAAGACAAAGGGCGCAAAACACGAAACAUGAUACGAAGGGACAAGUUGGAGCCAGCAUGGAUUUAACCCAGUUAAAUCUGUUGGUGGGAAACGUGUCAAACGAUGAGAACAGCACGGACGCACCGCUUUCCUUGCCACACUCACAGACAGCUACUGCACUCAUCAUUCUGGUGGUUACUGUGAUUAUUUCGGUGACCAUUGUCGGAAAUGUUUUGGUGAUUGUGGCGGUGCUGACCAGCCGCGCUCUCCGUGCGCCCCAGAACCUUUUCCUUGUCUCUCUGGCGUCCGCGGACAUCCUGGUGGCCACGCUGGUCAUCCCCUUCUCCCUCGCCAAUGAGGUUAUGGGGUACUGGUACUUCGGAAGUACCUGGUGCGCCUUCUACUUGGCUCUGGAUGUGUUGUUCUGCACCUCAUCCAUCGUGCACCUGUGCGCCAUCAGCUUGGACCGCUACUGGUCAGUCACUAAGGCGGUGAGCUACAACCUGAAGCGGACACCGAAACGCAUCAAGUCCAUGAUCGCUGUUGUGUGGAUAAUAUCUGCGAUCAUCUCCUUCCCUCCUCUCCUCAUGACCAAGCAUGACGAGCGGGAGUGUCUUCUGAACGAUGAGACCUGGUACAUCCUCUCAUCCUGCAUGGUGUCCUUCUUCGCCCCGGGUCUCAUCAUGAUUCUGGUUUACUGUAAGAUCUACAAAGUGGCCAAGCAGCGCUCCUCCACCGUUUUCGUGGCCAAAAACGGUCUGGAGAGGCAGCCCUCUCAGUCGGAGACCUGCUUCGUCAGGAAGGACCGGAUUGAGAUAGAGAGCCCCAGCAGCCAAGGCUCUGGCAGCCACCAGCAAAGGCAGGGGGAGUUGGAUGACAUCGACCUGGAGGAGAGCUGCUGCCCGUCGGACACCAAACCGCGCAAUCAUCGCUUCACCAAGCGGAGAAAAGUGGAGGGGUCGGACUGCUGCCCGCCGCAGAGCUGCCGCCUCUCCUGGGCAUCGGCCCGGGCGUCACAGCUCUACCCGGAGCAGAAGACCCCGGCGGAGCGACCCCGGGUGGCCGCGGUCAACAAGACCAAAGUGGCCCAGAUGCGGGAGAAGCGUUUCACCUUCGUGCUGGCGGUGGUGAUGGGGGUGUUUGUGCUCUGCUGGUUCCCCUUCUUCUUUACUUACAGCCUCCAUGCGAUCUGCAGAGACAGCUGCUACAUCCCGGGCGCACUUUUCAACCUCUUCUUCUGGAUUGGCUACUGCAACAGCUCCGUGAACCCCAUAAUAUACACCAUUUUCAACAGGGAUUUCAGGAAAGCCUUCAAGAAAAUUGUAUGCAGGACUCCCAAGCGCACAUAACACUAGAGGUAGACAAUUAUUGUGCCUUUCAUGGCUCAACAGUGCUGGGGAGGAAUUGCAUUAUCAAGACUCAUUGCUCUUGACUGACUAGUUCCCCUCCAGAAAUCAUUUAAUGUAACUAUAUGAGGGGGGGAAAAAUCCAGUCUUGUGUACAGAUUUAAAUGUCCAUAAAUAAAAUGUGAAGUGGAGCAAAAGAAAAGCAAAAGAUGAAGUUAAUCAUCAAAUAUUUAUCUCACUGGAGAUCUGUAAAGUUUUAAUGUAGGCCACUAAAAAGUUCUGCAAACAUGUACCUUUGAAAAAGAAAAGCAUGUAUUUGAUCAUGCUGCCGCAAGCAGAAGGAUAUAUUCUGCAGAGUGAAAAUGAAAUUUUGUAUGUAACUGUAACAGUAGGUGUUUAAAAUUGAGAUCCCUACGACAUCUAUCUCCAUCAUCUCAUCUAUGUACUAUAAGCAUGGGGAUGUGCAAGCAAGUUCCACAGAGAAAAACAAAAAGAAACAAAAUCCUGCAGAUUUAAAUGUCUGGCAUUGUUACAGGUAUAAUUCAGAUACGUCUUGUGUUAAACUGCAGUGAAAGCUCCUUAAGUCUUAUCAGAGAACCCCCCUAAACUUACAUAAGAGUCUAAUCUCACACCCCCACUGCACAUCACAC